AUUAUACGUCACGGCCAUGGGGCUGCCUUUUAGGCGCCUGCAGCCGUGAAAAGUUUCAGCGCUCGGAGAUGACGCAGGUUUUCCAAGAAAAGAAGAGGAGACAACGUCACGUGAGGAUAUGGUUCUUAUUGUAAAAAGAAAAAAAUUGGGGUACGCAGACAUAUUCUAGGAAACUGGCGUAGUGGUUAAGUGCUACGGCUGCUAACCAAAGGGUUGGCAGUUGACAUCCACCAGCCGCUCCUUGGAAACUCUAUGAGGCAGUUCUACUCUGUCCUAUAGGGUCGCUGUGAGUCGGAAUCGACUCCCCGGCACUGGCUUUUUUGGUUCGUGAGCUAGGUGCGUCCGAGGGAAGCGGGGCAGGACGUUCUCUGCGGAGGCCCCUCAUUUCCCUGACGUUCUCAGGCAGGAGCAGGGCCAACUUCCGGCCUAAAGCGGGAGGAGGCUGUCGCGGCGGCCUAGUGCGGCGGAUGCGGUGAUGUGGGCUGUGAUACAGGUGAAGGGGAGUUAGGUUUCGUUUUUGUGCAGGAAGCAACGGAACGAGCCUCUCUCUCACACACACAUUCUCUCGUAGGAGGACAAGGAGGUUUGGGAUUUAGGUUUCGCAGUCACCGGAGUCGGCGGACUUUAGGGCCAGGUGUGCAAAACUGAAGUCCGGGCUCUGCAAGUCCGCUUCCCGGACUCCCGUCUGCGCGGGCCACGCAGUCCCGCACAGCACAAUUUUCCUUCCAGCUUGGUUCUUGGAGCUGACUCUCAGAUCGGACCUGGGACCUGUAGGGUUGGGGCACAUUAUAGGGAGGAGGACGCACCACGUGGGAGGUAUAAUAAAAACUGACUGACUUAACAGAAGGGGAGCAUUCCAGAAGGAACGUCGCCGGUUAGGGGCAAAAUCAAACGGUAAAUAUUGCCUUUUACGUUGGAGGUUUUCAUACGGUAUGGAGAUUUAGGGAUGUAUUAGAAACUAUAAGUUUUACACACUUCCGAUAGAGUAAAUUGCUCCCUUAAUUUCGGCUCAUUUCGACCCCAUGUAUGCGGAGUAAAACUGUGCUCCAGCGGUUUUCAGUGGCUGAUUUUUUGGAAGUAGAUUGCUCGGCCUUACUUUUGAGGUGCCUCUGGAUGGGUUUGAACCUCUAACCCUUUGGUUAGUAGUCCAGCGCGUAAAUAGUUGCACCGCCCAGGGACGCAUAAUUAGUUUUCAUAAAUGCCAUUGCAGGUCGACUUGGAAAGCAGGUGUUAGAUGCAUACUUGGAUGUCAAAUCUUCAACCCCGUUUGAAAUGUAAUGCAAUCCUUUUAGCACUUCAGACCUUUUUUGCUGCCAAGAACGUUUGUUCUCUGAUAUUGUGAAUUGUCAGUAUCAGAAAAGAAGAAAAACCAAACCCGUUGCGGUGGAGUUGAUUCCAACACAUAGCCAUCCUGUACAACAGAGUAGAACUGCCCCAUAGGGUUUUCUAGGAGUGGCUGGUGGAUUGGAACUAAUGACCUUUUGGUUAGCAGCCAAGCUCUUAACCUCUGCAUCGCCAGGGAUCAAUUAAAACAAUUAUGUACUGACAAUUCGGAAUCCUAUAGGGUCACUAUGAGUUGGAAUCAACUCCACCGCAACCCAUUUGGUUGUACUGUUGUUGUUUUAAUUGAUACUGGUUUGGGUCUUUGUCAGAAUGACUUCACUGGAUGCUUUGAUGGGCUGUCAUUGCAGCUCCAGGAAGGCCAUGUCUUCUAUCAGCUGUGGCAGCUCCAUAAGUAAUAGUCUGUCCUCAGAACCUGAAAUGCUAUAGCCCAUCUGGUUCUCAGUCUCUUGAGAAUUAUAAUCCCCUCACUUUGUUUGUGCUAGUUAUCUUCACUAUGUUACAAAAAGUCACAUUAUCUUAUUUAAGUUGUUUUUUAAUUUAUUGUUUCUUAACUAUUUCCACCAAAGUACUACUAAAGUCAAAGUGUGAAUUCCUGGGUGGGAGUCUAUUGGUCAUGCACCAAAGGAGUAAGUAGAAAAUCUUUUUGUCUCAUUUUAUCUUAAAAAAUAUGAUUAUUGCAUUUUACUCCAUGACAUAUGUGUUCAUAUUUAAUGCAAAAUAAUCUGCCAUCCAAAAAGAAAAACAACUUUGAAUAAAACUGAUGUUUACAAAUCACAUGCUUUGUAUAUUCUGUUGGAUGCCCGUGUACUCUGCCUCAUCCUCCCAAGGAAAUCUGAUCUGUUGCUUGGAAAGUAAACUCGUUGCGGUUGAGUGGUUUCCGACUUCUAGUGACCCUACAGGACAGACUACAGAUUUCAGAGAGUGGCUGGUGGAUUUGAACUGCUGACCUUUUGGUUAGCAGCCGAGCUCUUAACCACUGUAUCACCAGUGGCCCUUUGGAAAGUACAGCAAUAGUUAAAUGUAUAUAUUCUGAAAUUAAUUUCUAACCUAACACUCUACAGCAUAAUUACUAUAUUCAGUAUCUAUCACCAGAGUGUCACACUUAACACCUGCUCCAGUAUUUGUCAGAUUUCAGAGAAGAGCCUUAUGGUUUGAAAAGCCUUUUGCUCUAAUCAGGAAUCUUUUAGAAUAUAUAUUAGUGGGUUUUAGAAUGAAAUCCAGAGUCAAAGCAAUAUAGGCAUAACUCUGUGGUUUUGUUUAUUCUUUUUACUUUUAGAAAUGAGUGGAACUAAUUGUAGAGCUCAGAAGGACCUUAGCGUGUCUGGCCCACGUGUUCUUAAUCUGCAGGAUUUAUGGCUAGGUUUUAGAGACUUUACAUCCGUGAAGUGAUACGCAAAACUGUGUGUAUGUGGAUUUUGGGAGGAAAGCAUUGGUAAAAUUUAAGUAAAUUUUCAAAAAGAUUAAACCCAAAACCAAACCCACUGCUGUCGAGUCAAUUCCGACUCAUAGCAACCCUACAGAACAGGGUAGAAGUGCCCCAUAAAGUUUCCAAGGAGCACCUGGUGGAUUUGAACUGCGGACAUUUUGUUUAGCAGCCAUAGCACUUAACCACUACGCCACCAGGGUUUCCAAAGGGAUUAGUGGCUCAUAAAGGCAGAAUGCACUAAUCCAACAUUAACUUGCAAAUAAUGAAAUGUCGAGAAUGGUUGGCCUUGAAGAUUCUCUUUAACAGAGAAGGAAGGAGCAGCAUUCCAUUUUAUUCAUUGCCAUGGCAGUAGUUUCAUAACUUGCUCAGGUCACAGUUUCUCAUUGUCUGGAGAAAAAUACACCAUGCAAGAUUAUACACCUGUCCAACUGGAUUGGAGUGGAGCAUACUUCCUGUAAAACCUUUGUUCUGUUCUCUCUCCAAACACAGGAUGUAAAAAGCCAUUUAAUCUUAUCCUUGUGAAAACUACAGUUGCCAAGAAACAACCAAUUGUUCAGAGUUCAUUAAUCAACACAUUUUGCACAGCAGCAUUGUUUUGUUUUGCUUUUAAGUUAUUGACUGAAAAGCUUUUUGCACUUACCCAUGCAUUGAUAUACUCAUUCCAACAUUUAUUCAGUGCCAGACUUUGUUUGGCUUGCUGAAGAAAAUAAAAACACAGCCAGUUUUUCUUUUUAGGGGGUGGUGAUAAGUCUCUGGGUGGUGCAAAUGGUUAAGUACUGGGCUACUAACUGAAAGGUUUGAACUCACCUAAAGGCAUCUCAGAAGAAAGGCCUGGCGAUCUACUUUGAAAGGUCACAGCCAUAAAACCCUGUGGACCGCAGUUUUACUCUGACACAUAUGAGGCUGCCAUGACUUGGAAUUGACUCGAUGGCAACUUGUUUACUUUUGGUGGUAAGCUGGUUGUGAUAAUGGUUUUAACCUGAAGGGGAUAAAAAAGCCCCCUAGAACAUCAGAAAGUACCCUUGUAUGGUGUUGGUUCCAAUAGCUAUUCUUAGGAGCAAAAAUUGUGGAUUCCUCGUCUCAUUGUGUAAAGUUCUGGAUAAAUGGCUGGACAGAAGAGUUUUCCAAGUUUUGACACAGCUCAACAAAAUCAUUACUACUGGGACUGGCAAAGGGUGAAGCGAGGAGUCCAGCCACUCCAAAGUUACCACUGUUGCCACUGGUAUGAGGGAGGACAGGGCAAUUACCCUCUCUCUGGCUACAGCUAUGGCUGCGCCGUGGGCGGAAAUGGACACAUUCUUUCUGCGAGGGAGACCCCAGAACACCCAGCUGGAACGUCGGUUAUUAUGUCUCAGCGGUAUGCACCUGUCCUUGGCCCUUAUCUCCCCCAAGAACUGAUCUUGUUUCAGGGAACCACAGCUCUGGCUGAAAACCAAGAUGAAGACCCAUUAGAAGCCAUCUUGUGACUAUAAGGGGAACAACCUGAAGGCAGUGCCAGCCCACUGGGGCUUGUUCUUUUGGAAUACCGCCACUAUCAUGUGAAGAAGCCCAUUUAAGCCUAAAGGAUGAGAAGCCAUGUGGAGAACUGACAUGGCCCAGGAGACAGCCAACUCCAAAGAUCAGAAAUGUAAGUGAGGCCAUAUUGGAACUGUGUUUCCCCCCCGCCCUAAAAAUGUAGAGUAGAACUGCCCCAUAAGUUUUCCUAAGCUUUAAUCUUCAUGAAGCAGGCUGCCACAUCUUUCUCCCGUGGAGUGGCUGGUGGGUUCAAGCCACUCACCUUUCGUUUAGCAGCUGAGUGCUUUAACCACUUUGCCACCAGGGCUCCUCUGACAAUAAAAGACAAUAAUAAUGAAAACUAAAAAAAAAAAAAAAAAAUGAGGUAUUCAACUUAUGUCAGAACCAACUUAUGACGGUGUCAGAACAAAACCCCCUUAUAGGACAGGGACUGUCUCUACUUCCUUUGCUCUCUCCUUCCAAUAAACAGGCCUCUGCCUCAGGGGUCUGGGUGUUGUACAGUGGACAGUUGGUUUGUCUGCUUAUGCCUUUUCCUACCUUUUUCUAGGAAGUGCUUGAUUCAUUCAGUUCUUGUACCUUCCAUAUCUUUAUCUGACCCUUCCUUUCUGGUCACCGUUGAUGACUAGUUUAGGAGUGGACUCCAACCCAACCUAAGCCAAUCAUAGUAUCUGCCUCAGUUGAUUGGUAGAGGUGAUUGAUCACAUGACCGAAACUGAACUAAGCAAUUCUUCCCUAGAACUUUUUGAACUGCACGCAAUUGAAGAGAAAUCCAGUCCCCUGGUGGUGAAGCUGGAAGAGAUGAGGCCAAGAAGCUGCUAGUGGUGAUGUUUCCUGCUAUGAGAUAAAGCUGAUUUAUAGAGAGAAGCAGAUAUUAAUGCUAAGGGGAGAGAGUCCUGGUGUUGUUUUAUUUUCUGGUGUUUCAAUUUCUUUACCCGUCUUCUUCUCAUUAAUCACAAAGCUUCCAAUCCAAUUCCCUUCGUUGUCAAUCUCCCUCAUCGGAACCAAAAGCGUCCUAAUUAAAUCGAAUCCUUAAUUUGGUUAGGAAGCCUUGGAUGCUAUUUCCUCCAUUUUUGUUCCUUAAGUUAAUAUGGCCCAGGCCUUGUUCUUUUCUAUCUCUGCACACUUCUCAGGGUGAGCUCAUCCAUUCCAAUUCCUUUCUAUUCCAUGCAUUCUAUGCAAGAAGCCCACAUUUAUUUUUGCAGUACAGAUCUUGCUUUUAUGCUCCACAUUAAGUGUGUCUAGCCUUAUAGGAAGACUCAUCUUGGGUGCCAUUAGGCAUCUGUCUUAAUCUGGGUUCUCUAGAGAAGCAAAACCAGUAAAGCAUAUAAAUAUAUUUAGAGAGAGAGAUUUAUAUCAAGGAAAUGGCUAACCAUUUGUAGAGGCUGGAACGUCCUAAGGCCGUGGGUCAGAACAAAGCCUUCUCCUGAUUCACAUAGCCACGGGGACUGGCAAACCCAAGAUCAGCAGAUUAGACAGCAGGGCUCUUGCUUACAGGCUGUGAAGAUCAACACAUCCCAAGAUCAACAGGCAAGACUGCAGGUAAGCUGCUAGCUGAAGUCCCAAGAGCCAGAGAUCAGACGAACAGGAGCCAGCUGCGGGAUCCAGAGUGAGCAACAGCCCUCGAGCCUUGCCAGAGACUUCACUUAUAUUCCAUGCAGGUCACACCCCCAAGGAAAUUUCCUUUCAAGUGAUUGGCUACUCAGAGCAGAUGUCACCGUGGAGGUGAUCACGUGAUAUCAAAUCUCAUCAUGGAAGUGAUCACAUCAUCACUACAAACUACAUCAUAACUGCCAGACUGCUGAGAAUCAUGGCCCAGCCAGACUGACGCACAAUCUUAAUGAUCACAGCAUCCUAGGGCAGGCACAUUUGUAAUGGAUCCUUCCCUGUCUUCCCUGUGUCAAUAAAUGUCACAUUUUAUAAAGCAAGAGGGCUUUGGACCUGGGAGACGGGAUGUGGACUAACUCUAUGAACUUACUGCUAUCAUGAGAAUAAGAUUUUUUUUUAUAUUUAUUUUUGUUGUACAAAAUAUAUAUAACACAACAUCUGCUAAUUCAUUUUUUCAUGUAUAUAAUUCAGUGAUAAUCAAUUACAUUAAUCAUGUUGUAUAACCCUCUCCAGUAAUUGUUGCCAAAUUUCCUGUUACCAUAAACAGAAACUCACUGCUUCCUAAACAAUGGGUCCCCUUCCUCCCAUCCCUCAUCCCUGUUGUUUUUGUUAGGUGCCUUCCGGUUGCUUUCAACUCAUAGUGACCCUGUGUACAACAGAACGAAACACUGCCCAGUCCUGUGCCGUCCUCACAAUCAUUGUUAUGCUUGAGCUAAUGGUUGCAGCCAAUGUGUCAGUCCGUCUUGUUGAGGGUCUUCCUCUUUUUCACUGACCCUCUACUUUACCAAGCAAGAUGUCCUUCUCCAGGGACUGGUCCCUCCUGAUGACUAUGUCCAAAAGUAUGUAAGACAUAGUCUUCCCCACCCUUGCCUCCAGUGUGCAUUCUGGUUGUACUUCUUCCAAGACAGAUUUGCUUGUUCUUUUGGCAGUCCAUGGUAUAUUCAAUAUUCUUCGCCAACACUGUAAUUCAAAGACAUCAAUUCUUCUCUGGUCUUCCUUAUUCAUUUCUCAUGCAUAUGAGUUGACUGAAAACACCAUGGCUUGGGUCAGGCACACCUUAGUCCUGAAGGUGACAUCUUUUGCUUUUUAACACUUUAGAGGGGUCUGUUGCAGCAGAUUUGCCCAACACAAUGUGUUGUUUUAUUUCUUGACUGCUGCUUCCCUGGCUGUUGAUUGUGGAUCCAAGUUAAAUGGAAUCCUUGACAACUUCAGUAUUUUCUCCAUUUAUCAUGAUGUUGCUAAUUGGUCCAGUUGUGAGGAUUUUCGUUUUCUUUAUGUUGAGUUGUAAUCCAUACUGAAGGCUGUGGUCUUUGAUCUUCAUCAGUAAAUGCUUCAAGUCCUCUUCACUUUCAGCCAGCAAGGUUGUACCAUCUGCUUAACGGAGGUUGUUAAUGAGUCUUCCUCUAAUCCUAAUGCUGUGUUCUUCAUAUAGUCCAGCUUCUCGUAUUAUUUGCUCAGCAUACAGAUUGAAUAAGUAUGGUAAAAGAAUACAACCCUGACACAUACCUUUCUUAACUUUAAACCAUGCAGUACCCCCAUGUUCUGUUCAAAUGACUGCCUCUUGGUCUACGUGCAGGUUCCUUAUGAGCACAAUUAAGUGUUCUAGAAUUCCCAUUCUCAAUGUUAUCCAUAAUUUCUUAUGAACCACACAGUUGAAUGCCUUCGCAUAGUCAAUAAAACACAAGUAAACAUUUUUCUGGUAUUCUCUGCUUUCAGUCAAGAUCCAUCUGAUGUCAGCAAUGAUACCUCUCAUUCCACGUUCCCUUCUGAAUCUGGCUUGAAUUUCUGGCAGCUCCCUUGUUAACGCACCGCUGCAACCGCUUUUGAAUGAUCUUCAGCAAAAUUUUACUUGCAUGUGACAUUAAUGAUAUUGUUCGAUAAUUCCUGCAUUCUGUUGGAUCACCUUUCUUUGAAACGGGUACAAAUAUGGAACCCUUCCAGUCAGUUGGUUAGAUAACUCUCUUCCAAAUUUCUUGGCAUAGACGAGUGAGCACCUCCAGCGUUGCAUCUGUUUGUUGAAACAACUCAACUGGUAUUCCAUCAAUUCUUGGAGCUCUGUUUUUCACCAGUGCCUUCAGUUCAGCUUGGACUUCUUUCUUCAGUACCAUUGGUUGUUGAUCAUAUGCUGCCUCCUGAAGUUGUUGAACAUGGACCAAUUCUCUUUGGUACAGUGACUCCGUGUAUUCCUUCCAUAUUGUUUUGAUGCUUCCUCUGUCAUUUAAUAUUUUCCCUGUAGAUUCCUGCAAUAUUGUAACUUGAAGCUUGAAUUUUUUCUUCAGCUCUUUCAGCUUGGGAAAUAACUAAGCGUGUUUUUCCAUUUUGGUUUUCUAAUUCCACGUCUUUGCAUAUUUCAUUAUAAUACUUUGUGUUCUCAAGCUGCCCUUUGAAAUCUUCUGUUCAGCUUUUAUUUCACUUCUUCCAUUUGCUUUAGCUACUCUAUGUUGAAGAGCAAGUUUCAGAGUUUUUCCUGAUAUCCAUUUUCGUCUUUUCUUUCUUUCCUCUCUUUUUUAAUGACAUUUUGCUUUCUUCAUAUAUGAUAUCCUGGAUAUCAUCCCACAACUUUGUCUGGUCUUCAGUCAUUAGUGCUGAAUGCAUGAAAUCUAUUUUGAGAUGGUCUCUAAAUUCAGGUAGGAUACUCUCAAGGUUGUACUUGUAUAUGUACACUCAAGGUUGAACUUAUAUAUGAGCAAUUGAUGGUCUGUUCAGUAGUGGGCCCCUGGCUUUGUUCUGACUGAUGAUAUUAAGCCUUUCCAUCAUCUCUUUCCACAGAUGUAGUCAAUUUGAUUCCUAUGUACUCUGUCUGGUGAGGUUCACGUGUUAGUCACCGUUUACGUUGUUGGAAAAAAAGGUAUUUGCAAUGAAGAAGUCAUUGCAAAAUUCUACCAUACGAUCUCCGGCAUCAUUUCUAUCACCAGGUCAUAUUUUCUGACUACUUACUGUUCCUUCUCCUUUGUUUCCAACUUUUGCGUUUCAAUCACCAGUAAUUAUCAGUGCGUCUUGAUUGCGUGCUUGAUCAAUUUCAGACUGCAGAAGUUGGUAAAAGUCUUCAGUUUCUUCAUCUUUGGCCUUAGUGGUUGGUGUGUACAUUUGAAUAAUGGUCUUAUUAACUAGUCUUCUUUGUAGGCAUAUGGAUAUUAUCCUAUCACUGACAGCAUUAUACUUCAGGAUAGAUCUUGAGAUGUUCUUCCUGACGGUGAAUUCCAUGCCAUUCCUCUUCAAUUUGUCAUUUCCAGCAUAAUAGCCCAUAUAAUUGCCCAAUUCAAAAUGUCCAAUACUAGUCCAUUUCAGCUUGCUAAUGCCUAGGGUACCGAUGUUCCAUUUCUUUUUUGAUUAUUUCCAAUUUUCCUAGUUUCGUACUUUGGAGAUCCCAUGUUCCUAUUAUUAACAGAUGUUUGCAGCUGUUUCUUCUCAUUUUGAGUAGUGCCCAUCAGCAAAUGAAGGUUCCCAAAACUUUACUCCGUCCAUGUCAUUAAGAUCAACUGUACUUUGAGGAGGCAGCUCUUCCCCAGUGGUAUUUUGAGUGUUUUCCAUCCUGAGGGGCUCAUCAUUCGGUACUGUAUCAGACAGUCUUCGACCACUGUUAAUAAGAUUUUCACUGGCUAAUUUUUUCAGAAGUAGACCAUGAGGUCCUUCUUUAUAGCCUGUUUUAGUCUGGAAGCUCAGCAGAAACCUAUCUACCUUCAGUGACCCUGCUGAUAUUUGAAAUACCGGUGGCAUAGUUUCCAGUAUCACAGCAACAUGCAAGCCAGCACAGUACAACAAACUGACAGAUGUGUGCCCCGCCCCCCGCCCCUGUAAUCACUAGUAAAACUUGGGUCUCCAUACCUUUGCCUAUUCUAGAUAUUUCAUGUAAGUAAGAUAAUGCAAUAUUUGUUCUUUUAUGAUGGACUUACUUUACUCAGCAUAAUGUUUUCGAGGUUCACCCAUGUUGUAGCAUGCAUCAGAACUUCAUUUCUCUUUAUGGGUAAGUAAUAUUCCAUUGUACAUAUAUACCACAUUUUGUUUAUGGAGGAUAAGUUUUGAGCAUUUAGCUCUGGGGAAUGGUGUAGGGUAUGAAGUUUUUGCCCACACUAGUGACCGUCUGGUCCUAGGUGGGCUGGUGGAGGCCAACCCCCCUGAUGUGGCUGCCCUCACCGGUGCUAGAAUAGAACCCUCUUGCGGAGGUUUUCAGGACAAACCAGUGUCUGAGGGUUGCAUUCUGUUAACAGGGCACCUUGUACAAAAAGACCUGAGCCCCAAAUCGUAUAGCCCUUCUCCAUCAAUGUUGUCAACUCUUUCAUGAGGUCACUUCACAAGAGGCAAGCUGGUCACAGGAGGGCCAGACCUUUUCCACCUCAGCAACCAGUUCCACUGUUUCCUUCCUUCUUGGUGACCAGUUCAUCCACUAAGAAGUAACACUAAUUGUCAGAAAUCUGUCAAAAUUCAAAGGGUUUCAUUGAACCUUUGUCCCAGGAUAACAAAGCUCUUGACUUUACACUUGUGUUAACUCAGCGUUCAGGCAUUUAGCAAAUCUUGGCACAACAAGAAGUUUCUGCUUUGCUUUAAGAUAAUUUUCGGUCCUUACCUAUGUAUGAAGUAGCUGGACUCCUCCUUCUCUUAGGAAGAGGGGAGAUGCCACUGAUUUAAUCUCAGAGGGGAUAAUCCUUUAGAAGGGUAUUUCACAACAUAUAUAUUGUCAGGAUGUAAGUAUUUAUGGCUUUGAUUAGAAUGAGCUAAUUCAGGAAUUAAGUGCUAAGAAGCAGCCACUUGUGGUUAAGGGUCAAGUGCAGUUAGCUGAACUUUGUUCUGUCUUCUACUUUCACAGUGACCUGGAGAUACUGCCACUGCAGCUUCCUAGGCUGUCCGCAUGUCUGCCAUGUGCCGCAGUUAAGAGUUACGAAGAAAGUAGAACACAUAGUCCAAAAUGAGAGCUACUGGUUCUUUUAUUGUUUUUUCAUGCUGUCUUCUUUGAAGUAGCUGUAAUGUGGGAAAAAUUUCCAUUCUAGUGCCAGGGGUACUUCACUCUGAUUUAGGGUUCUCUCUCGAAUCCUCAGUUCUAGGCAUUCCACAGCAAGUGGGUAUUUCCCCAAAUCGAAUUUGCUGGCAAACAUGCUUGAAGAGUUAUAGAGCCACUUUAAGUCACCAGGCCCAUAGACACACAUAUCUUGCCAAUAGUGGCCUGCAAAAGAACAAGACAUUGAAAGAAACAAAGUAAAACAACAGCCAAAACAACACUCUUAAACAUUUCUGAGACAGAUGGCAUUUUGGAUUAUCAGUCUCUAAAAUUAUUGCUAAUUGUAUAAGAUAUAUUUUUGUUAGUUUUUCAAUGAGAACUCAUUAUUGCAAAUUAAUCUAUCAAUUGAAUUGGUUUUCGAAGGCAGCAAGGCUGAGUCUGAAAUAGAAUUUUGUGGGAGAAUUCAAGAUUCAAACUGAGAAGGUAUAGAAAAUUAUAGCACUAAGUCAUUCAAUAAGCAAAUAUUACUGGUACAAAACACUUCAGAUUUACAGGACGAAUUGGACCUCUAGUCAGUCCUGGUGGGGUGCCUAGGCUAAUGAGGAGAGAACUGCCUGAACUAGUAAAAUACAAAGUAUUUUACAUACAGAGCACUAUGGAAGUUAUAAUGAGGUCAAGGUGUACAAAUAAACCUCUAUAUGAGGCAGUCUAUUUGAUUUUGUUUUUAUUGUCUCAAAUUGCACCUUGGUUUCACCUAACCAUCUUGAUAUAGCCAAUGUACACAAGUAUGGAUCAUUCAGUGCAUGCUGGUCACCAUUAUGAAGGGAUUUUCUUCAAGUCAUCAGUGACUUCAUCGUCUUAUGUGGAAGACCCACUAUUGUUAUGCUGCACAAGUAGUUGGAAGUUUAGGAAGCAAAGUGACUUAUUUCCCUUCUCCCAGUGAGUCUGGAAACACUGGUGGCAUAGUGCUUAAGAGCUAUGGCUGCUAACCAAAAGUUCGGCAGUUUGAAUCCACCAGGCGCUCCUUGGAAACCCUAUGGGGCAGUUCUACCCUGUCCUGUAGUAGGGUCGCUAUAAGUUGGAAUCUACUCGACAGCAACGGGUUUGAUUUUUUGGUUUAAUGAGUCUGUAGUCAGUACAUCCAAAGUGAAACUCAUCUGUCCUAAGGGAUCUACUCCGCUUCUAAUAGUCCACCUCCCAUUGAGUGCCUCCUCUAUCCAAGCUAGAACUGUUGUUGUCGUUGUUAGGUGCCGUCGAGUCGGUUCCGACUCAUAGUGACCCUAUGCACAACAGAACGAAACACUGCCUGGUCCUGAGCCAUCCUUACAAUCGUUGCUAUGCUUGAGCUCAUUGUUGCAGCCACUGUGUCAAUCCACCUCGUUGAGGGUCUUCCUCUCUUCCGCUGACCCUGUACUCUGCCAAGCACGAUGUCCUUCUCCAGGGACUGAUCCCUCCUGACAACACGUCUAAAGUAUGUAAGACGCAGUCUUGCCAUCCUUACUUCUAAGGAGCAUUCUGGUUGUACUUCUAAGACAGAUUUGUUCAUUCUUUUGGCAGUCCAUGGUAUAUUCAGUAUUCUUCACCAACACCGCAAGUCAUAGGUGUCAAUUCUUCUUCAGUCUUCCUUAUUCACUAUCCAGCUUUCACAUGCAAAGCUAGAACUAGAAGCCACAAACUUCCCACUUCCUCCCCUGAACUCUUCACCUUGAUAGAAACCCAGAGAUCAGGCUGGCAGUUCCUUGAGAAGCCUGCUCUCAGAAUGUUCUUCCUUCCUCAGCUGUUUCUUUUCAUCUCUAUUACUGUUUUAGUUGCUCUCCAACCCUGUGGGGGAAACUGAGACCUGUACAGCUCACAGACUCUGGCCACACAAUUACAGUGGGGCAUAGCUCAGGGCUGGUAAGCAUGGGUCUGGAGAGGGACGCUGAUGCUCUUGUUUGUCCAAAGGAUCCUUCACCUUUGAUAUAGGGAAGAGUUGUAAGCAAUGGCAUGGCAUGGCUAGAUUUGUGGUUUUAAAGAACAUUUUGGCAACACUGUAAAGAAUUUAAAGGAUAAAGAUGGCUUUUACUGACAACAAAAUGGCAGAUUCACAGGGCACAACAGGAACAGGUGAGGGAAAUGGCUGUGGGAAGGGGUUGGUCAAGCUGGAUUGGAGAAAAGGGAAAGAGAGCAAGCCAGAGGAGUUUUCAUGAUAACAGCAGGUUUAGGUAAUACAAACAAGGCAAGGCUUAGAGGUGAUAACAGUUGGCAUAAAAGAGGAAAACACUGGUUUCAUCUUGCUUCUUGAUGAUGUUGUGGGAAGAGGUGUGGGCACACCAACAACUCCACACCCUCCCGUGUGGUCCAUCUCCAUGUUCUAAAUACAAAGUUGGUAAAGAGGGAGAUGACAUCAACUGUCUUUCCUAGGAAACAGACAGAUGCUAUGGCCCAGAGUGUUGUUUCCCAAACUGCAAUCCAUGGAACACUAGAGUUAGGAGAGAUACAUUACGAAGACCCCAGCCAAACCCAUUGCUGUCAAGUCAAUUCCGACUCAUAGUGACCCUAUACGACAGAGUGGAGCUGUCCCAUAGGGUUUCCAAGGAGUGCCUGGUGGAUUUGAACUGCUGACCUUUUGGUUAGCAGCUGAACUCUUAACCACUAUACCACCAGGGUUUCUACCAAAAAGGAAAUGGUAGUUCUGUAGUCAAACAAGUUCAAGAAAUACUGCAUAUUACUCCUCUUAUUAUUAUAUGGAAGGUUCUGGAAAUUUCUGCAGUAUUUCUCAGGAUUUCCCAAAAGGACUGGGCUACAGAAGCUUUUUGCCCAUCUCCCGUGUUAAUAUUUGCAGGACCUGGUGUUGUAAAGAGCAUGAAGUUCUAGAUCAAGGCACUGAAAGUGUGGUCUUCAGACUGGUCCUCGGACUUUUACUAGUCUGCAGCAAGAUAAAUGCAGAAAUUGAGAGUGUCUGGAAACUUUUAUAGCAACCUGACAUUGCUGCCAAGUCCAAGCAGCAUCUUAUUUUUCUAAUAAUUCAUUUACAUAUUUUAUAAAAACAUCAGUCCAUAAUGGUUUGGAGGCACUUUUUAAAAAAAGCAGUGUCUCACAGACAUUUAAAUUUCAUGGAUUAGAAAUUAAAAAAAAAAGGUAGGAUCCAUAUGUAAUGACUAAUUUUUUGUUUUACCAUUUAAUUAAAUAACUUACAUCAACUGUUCCCAUCAUUUCAUUUUUUCAUGUGGUAUUUUUUUUUAUCUUAAUAUACAAACAAAGGAGAAAGGACUUAAUUUCAAAUAAAGGACAGUCCUUUAAACUUAGGAAAUAUGGCUCAGUGAAAAGCCUGCUACAUUGUGUUUCUUUUCUCAUUCUUCUAAGGACCAAUGAAAACUUUGUCACAUGGCGGUAUCCUCCACAGACCGAGCUGUGGAAACUCUGACAGAGAAAUGAGUUGUCAGUUUCUGGCACAAACGGAGAGAGAAAAAAGAGAAGGAAGAGAGGAGGGGCUUUCCAGAAACCAUUCUUCUUAAGGUGACUAAGGGCGAGACCAGAGAAAAUCUCUGUUUAUGAUUCACAAACCACUACCAGGUCAUUUCAGUGCCUGUAUAUGCACUAGGGAUGAUGCAUGAGCUGGGAAGAAGAUAAAACAAAACCAAACCCGUUGCCGUCGAGUCAAUUUCAACUCAUAGAGAAGAAGAUAACAUAUGCCAAAGAAUUUUGUAAAUUGUACCACAUCAAACAGAUGUGUGUGAGCAGGGAAGGUUAGUUAAAUUUUAGAAGUUAUGGAACUUUCCUAACACUCCAAAGUGUUCCCAGUUCCAUAUAGAUACUACUAUAGAAAACAGAUUUAGGAGGGAAGCAGGUUAUAGUAACAAAAAUCCUAGACUCAAAGUCAGGAUGGCCAUAUCCCAUUCCUUGUUCUCCCUCUCAGUAGCUGAUCUUGGGCUUGUCAUUUGAUCAUCUAGGGCUUCAGGUUCCAUGUUUCCCAGUGAAGAGGACUAGAUGAUUUCCAAAGCUUCUCAAAGUUCUAAAAUUAUAAAUCUAUAAGAUGAAAUAAUUGCUGCAAGUAUGCUGUAAUGCAUUCAGCGCUAUUAAUUCUCGAUCACUCUGUGGAAGGGGGCAGUCUGAGCACAGCCUGCUGCCUUUCCCUGUGACCCACAGAUGAACCUUAUGCUUAGGAACAGAUGUGUCAUCCUGGCUUCUUGGAUGGGGUGACAGUGUGGGCUGCUUCCCUUUUAUUGGGACGUCUUGACCCAAACACAUCCCAUAGCAGCUGGUAGGCUAUUAGCACAUCCCUCUCCUCCUGCCCUGAGCACAUGUCAACAUUCCCAGGAACUGUUUAAUAAAACAUGUGUGUAUUAUAUGGCACCUGGCCAACUGCACUUCUUUAUCUGUUCCUGGUGGCGAGAGAAUGGGGUCCUUCUCUUGCAGCACAGAAGAGUUAUGUGCAGACCAACUCCCUGGGUAGGCUGCUGUGGGAAGUGACGGAUGCCCACUAUUAAAGCUGACCUUGCUCUGUGUCUUCUAUAUGUGAAUUGUUACACCCAAUGCCUGUGUGUAAGUCAUGCUUUUGUCAGUAACCCUGGCACCUGCAAACUAGGAAGUGGGUUACUAUCCUCCUUGUGACAGGACUUCUCUCCUGUAUGGUAACAAGGUGACGCAUUUGUUUUAUGACCCAGUCACAAUCAUUUCCACAGUCCUUCUAGCCAUACACUAUCAUGCUAAAUGCCAUCUUGUUCCCUGUCUUUAUUCUAAUAAUUAAAAUGUAGUUCCAGUAGGGAAAAAAUGAGAAAUUUUUACCAUGGCAGCCUUUAUGAAUAUUUUCCUGGAAACUCCACUUCACAGCUCUAAGACUCGUAUCUGAGAUUCCUUGUGCCAUAGACCCAGGAACACCUAUAGAAUCAACGGGGAGAAAGGCAGUAGCAAGUGAAAUAAGUCACCAAAACUUGUAGAGGUUUACCAAACAAUGUAGAUUCUUCGGGACCUACGGAUUCACAUGUUUGUUCCCUUUGCUCAGUUUGUAUUUCCUUGUGCUCUUUUUUUUUUUUCCUUAAAAACAAAAUCAGAACCAUUCUCUCCUUGGUCAACUUUCAUUAAUAUUUUACUUAAUGAGAUAUUGAAAUUUAGUACAGUAGAGAUUUAAUAUUUAAUUUUUAAAUGUAAACUGCUCUACUUGCUGCAGCCAUGGCUUGUCAAGUUCCUUUCCCAGGCGGCAACACCCCAAGGCUUCUAUUUGAGUGACAGAGAACCUAUCAAAGAAAUAAUAGAGAACUACUUUCAAGAGCUAAAGAAAAAUCAAAAUAUUCUGAUUGAAAAUGUCAGUUGGGUGCCAAGCAAAGUAGUUUUUUAAAAAAUCUACAUGGCAGACACUUCCUGGUGAAAUUUUAUGUUUUCAAAGACAAUGAGAGAGUUCUAAAAGAUUCUGUAUAAAGAGAGAGAAUAGGUUACUUUAUGUAGGAAAAGGAUCUCAUUGAAUCAGAUUUCUCCUUAGCAACACUUGAUGAUAAAAGUGGUCAAAGCAGAGUUCCACUGGAGACGUUAUUUUAAAUUCAGAAUGUCUACCCAACUAGUCUAUGAUUCAAGAGUGAAACAAAUGCAAGAGCUCAAAUAGUUCGCACCUUUUUCAGAAUAUUUAUUAAAGAAUUACUCCAACUUAAUAAAAUAUGAAUCUAAGAAAGAGAAUUGAAAAUAUGAAUACAAUAAAUAAAUGAUACAUGGAGAAGUAAGUUAAACUCAUAGUUAAGUCUAAGUAGUUGUUGAUGAUGUUUUUGAAGCUUAUGGUAAUUGUGAAGAAAAUUGCCCUAAAAAGUAGGGACAAAGGUUGGACAAACGUGGUGUAUUUGCCUCUCCCGCUCCUAAUUUCUACAUAUGACAGUAAAGAUAUCCAUCAGUAUGUAUGUAUGUAUGAAUCUAUCCAUCUAUCAUCUAUCUUACCUGUCUUUCUAUCUGCAUAUCUAUUUUAGAAUAUAUAUAUAUGAUACAUAUAUAUUUAAAUAGAAUUAGUCAUUAAUAACAAAAAAGAGUAAAAUCAGGAGACCUUUAGAGGAAAGAAAACAGAACAGGAUUAAGAGUGUCUAUUAAAAUUCAAAGCUUAUGGCAGGCAGGAGUUCUGGUUAGAGUAGGAAGAUCCUGGGAGUGCAUCAGGCUCAGAAACAGAAGAAAGGCUCAGAAGGAAGAAGAUGGGACCCCAGGGCAAAAGUCAGAGUAAUUGAUUAAAAAAACUAAACUAUGAAAAACCCGACAAGUCGGUCCUGUCUUUCAUCCUCCACUUACGUUAAAUAUAAGAAGCAGAGGUAUUCAUCUAGGUUGGAGCAGUGAGUGUAGAAUCAGAUCAAAGGUCAACUACAGUCUACAGACCAGAUAUGGCCUCUGAAUUUUUUUACCUGGCCUGAAAUCUAACAGUGUUUUGAACAUUUUAAAGUGUUGUUAAAAAGAACAAUAGUAAAGGGAGACUACGUGACAGAGAGCAUAUGUGGCCUGUAAAUUCUGAAGCAUUUACUGCUAUCGCCUCCUUUACAGAAAAAGCUUGCUAACUCAUUGUGCAGAUGGGUGGGAAAGAGAAAUCAGGUAGUUCCUGAAUGGCUAGUGACACCCAAGAGGAAUGACAGCAGAAAAUUACACAAUGUUCACUACCUGAAAACAUAUCCUGUACUUUUCUCAUAAUCACAGACUAUGAUGAACUUAACUAGUGUUCACAAACAGGAGAACAAGGAAUCUUAAGAAUGAAGCCACACCAAAAAAAAAAAAAAUUGAAGAAAACUAAAACAUUAAAGGGAAGCCCCAAAUCAAUGAACAGCACUAACACCUGAGAAAAAAGAAUUAAUAAAGCAAACUAAGAACAAGUACAGGGACAUUUAGUUUAAAGAAGGCAGUAAGACAUUGAUAAUCCUUCUUUUUGGAUAAUAUCUAAAAGCUACUAGGAGAAUGAGAACUAGGAACUAAAUUUGUUAAAAAAGGAAGAAAUUGAAAUUCUAAACCACAAAGUAUAUGGAAAGGCUUCCAAAGCAGUGAAGAUCAAACAGAAGUGCAUGUGGGAAGUAGAGAGGAGAUGCUCAUUUCUACAAAUCUCAGAAAGAGCCAGAAAAGCACAUCUGUCAAAGUGAGGAGAUACUUCCAGAGGUACAAAACCAAAAAUCUCUACCUUUUUAAUAUCAAUGAGAAUAGGAUGUGAAUGGAUAAACAAAGUAUAGUGGGAUACUACUCAGCCAGAAAGAUAAAGUCGUGAUACAUGCUACAAGAUGAGUGGAAGCUGAAGACAUUAUGCUGAGUCAAAUAAGUCCACCACAAAAGGACAAAUAUUUUAUGACCUCAUUUAUAUAAAAAGACAAAAACAGGCAAAUAAUAGAGGCAAAAGUUUAUUAGUAGUUACUGAGGUGGGAGGAAGGGAAAAGUGGGGCUAUUGGUUAUGGGGUAGUGAGUUUUGGUUUAUAGCAAUGGAAAAAUCACAUUGAUUAAGGGUGAGGUUGCAGAGCUAAUUAAUUGCUGUCAGUGAGUUGUACACCUGUAAAAAGCUGCGUUGGCAAAGGUUGUGUGAUAAAUGUAUUUACCAAAAAAAAAAAAAAAAAAAACAA